AUGACCAAAGAGAGUUUCGGUUUGGACACCGCCGUGCCACAGCCACUGUGUGUCCAUCCUUACGCGGGAGGACCACAGUUGACCGAUCUUUGCGCCGGGGGCAAUGCUUCGUUGUUCCUGACGAUGUUGAAUGCCCUCCUGAUUACAAAUCCAAAGAUCGGAGAUCCAUGCGGCCGCAUCGAGACGAUCAGUAAGCCAGCUACCUCGUACGAUUUCAUCGUCGUCGGUGCUGGAGCUGCCGGUGCGGUUGUCGCCUCAAGAUUGAGCGAAAACCCGAAAUGGAAUGUUCUCCUAGUCGAAGCGGGCCCUGAUGAGCCAGCAGGAGCCGAAGUGCCUAGUUUCUACCAACUCUAUCUCGGAAGUUCCGAGUUGAAUUGGAACUAUGUAACAUCCAACGAAUCGUAUGCCUGUCUGAAUAAUAACGGCCAUUGUUCUUGGCCACGUGGUAAGAAUCUCGGUGGAAAUACGCUUCACCAUGGUAUGGCUUACCAUCGAGGACACCGGAAAGAUUACGAACGUUGGGUUGAAGAGGGAAGCACGGGUUGGUCGUGGGAUGAGGUAAUCCCGUAUUUCAAGAAAUCGGAGGAUAACAGAGAAAUCGGUCGAGUUAGCGCCAAGUAUCACGGCACUGGAGGGCUGAUGACGGUCGAAAGAUUCCCAUGGCAACCUCCGUUCACUAAAAGUAUUAUGGAGGCAGCGGAUGAAUGUGGGUAUGGCACUACCGAAGAUAUGACCGGUGAUCAGAUCACUGGGUUUACGGUCGCUCAGGCCAUCAGCAAGGAUGGCGUGAGACUGACCAGCGUCGCAUCGUUCAUAAGGCCAUUCAGACAUCGCAAGAACCUUGCGGUAGCGACGAACACGUUGGCUUCAAAAAUUCUGUUCCGUAAGAAAAAGGUGACCGGCGUGGAAAUAAUAAUGAAUGGAAAGAAACACAUCGUUAAAGCAAAACACGAAGUGAUCGUUUCCGGGGGCACGAUAAACUCGCCUCAGCUGUUGCUCCUGUCUGGAGUCGGGCCGAAAGAACACCUGAAAUCCGUCAAAGUCCCUGUCGUUCAUCAUCUGCCGGGCGUCGGCGAGAACUGCCACAACCAUCAGUCGUAUGCGCUGGACUUCACCUUGGACAGUCCUAACUUCAACGAACUGAAUACAGAUAGCGUGGACCAGUAUCUGGCGACUCAAACCGGGCCAAUGUCGGGCUCAGGCUUGGCUCAAGUAACAGGAAUCGUAGCAUCCAAAUAUACGACUCCCGACGAUCCGGAUAUCCAAAUAUUCCAUGCCGGCUAUCAGGCCGUAUGCAACAGCAGUUCACAGGUCGGCGACUUGGGCAGCGGCGGUGCCAAAAUAAGAAUCAGAUUCUCGGCCGUCAAUCUACACCCGUCUAGCAGAGGACGUAUUACGCUCAGGGACAAUAAUCCGCAGAGUGCACCGUUUAUCUGGAGCAACGACCUGGCUACCGAGCACGAUGUUAGCGUCGUAAUGGAAGGAGUUCGCGUUAUACUUAACAUGACAAAUUCCAAUACCAUGAAGAAGCUCGGCAUAGAAAUGGUUAAGAUCGAUAUAAAACAAUGUAGUGACUUCGAAGAAGGCAGCGAUGAUUAUUGGAAGUGCAUCAUUCGUUACGACACAAGACCGGAAAACCAUCAGGCCGGUACUUGUAAAAUGGGCCAAGCUUCCGAUCCUAUGGCAGUAGUCGACCCACGAUUGAAGGUGCACGGAAUGGAAGGACUGAGGGUGGCCGACGCCUCCAUCAUGCCACGGGUGGUAUCGGGUAAUCCAGUCGCAGCCAUAAACAUGAUCGGAGAAAGGGCAGCUGAGUUUAUCAAGGAAGACUGGGGAUUCAAAGCGUGAGAUGCUUGGGUUCCGCAUCUCUGAUACGUGGCGCGCGAAAUAUUUGAAAUAAAGAGUCGAUUUUUAUUGACACUCGUGGACGCAAAUGCUUGACGCUCUGCCAAGCGCGAACACGAACGCGCGGCCGCACAUUUAAACGACUGCAUAAAGUUAUAUCCGCCUAUAUAAUAAUAAUUAUCUGUACUUUAUCUUUGAUUUUAUGCUUACUAACACUUGUGCAAGUGUUUACAGAUGAAUCUUGUUC